AUGUUGGACGAUCAACUGCCUCUGACUUGGCUCCCUGCCUCUGUCCCCUUGGCAGCGUGGUAUCAACCACAAACCGUCAACCCUCAUGGCGAUCAGAUCUUCGGCCUGGGUGACAUGACCUUUCUUGCUACCACCAGUGCACCAGAGGUUUCGUGGAACCAAUUCUCAGUGCCUUUUGUCACACCAGCAAUCCACAUUAUUACAAACGAGACAGUAAUCACUGGCGACUUUCUCCAAGAUGAGCUUGCGGCCUAUUUUUCAGAAGAUGAUGUUCUCACAGAUGGGUUUUCUGCAAUGAUUCUCAUGGAAUCAAGUUUGAGCUUUCGUAUGGAUAACUCUGCCGAAACAUAUAUUUCUUCAAUUGAUGCACAGCUACUGUUUGUGCCGACAGACUCGGACAGCCCUGGGUCUUUGGUACCGGGACCUGUUUUGGUUGUGGCUGAUGGCUCUUUAAUCCAUGUUUCCAAGGUCUUUCGACUCUAUCAAGAUAUCUACAGGGAUUUUGUGGACGGCAUUUACAUUUCCAACGGAACCUUUAAGCCUCUUGGUUUCUUUGACCCUGCGUGGUCGAAUCCUUUAGUCCCUGUGCCAUCACGAUUAUACAGCAAAUUCGACCCUCGACCAUUGGCAGGACAGCGUGUUGGCGUAAAGGAUAUUUACGAUAUCGAGGGUCUCGUUACAACCUGUGGAAGUCGAGCAUACACAGCGGUUACGCCACCAUCUAAUACCACGGCGCCAUCUAUACAGCGUUUGAUUGAUCUCGGUGCAGUCAUUGUAGGAAAGCAAAAGACUGCACAGUUUGCCUCUGCAGCACGUGGUUGGGAAUGGACUGAUGCCUAUUUUCCGCAAAACCGUCGCGGUGACGGCCUAUUGAGCUGCUCUGCAUCCUCAUCAGGUGGUGGCUGCUCCAUCGCAGCCUAUGACUGGCUCGACUAUGCCAUUGGCACCGAUACAGGCCAAUCAGUUCGACAGCCAGCAGCCUUUUCGGGUACAUUUGGCAAUCGCCCGUCGCAAGGACUCAUGUCACUUGAGCACGUUAUGCCCAUUUCAUAUGGCACUGACACUGCGGGGUUCUUUUGCCGCGAUCCCAUCAAGUGGGCAGAGGCGGCGAAAUACUGGUACGAUGCAUCUCUCCAACAAGACUCUGCACUCAACGGUCUCAGCGAGUUGGACGUACCGGAUACUGAUGCUUACCCGGUGCAAAUUUUGUACCCUUUGGACCACCUGCCACUCCAGAACCCAGAGGCGGAAAAAGUACUACAAAGCUUUCUUGGUCAAAUCAUUCACGCUUUCAACAUGAGCAUUGCAACGAUCAAUCUCACCCAGACUAUCGAGUCCACUACUGGGAGAGACAUGAAAGAUAUUUUGGCUGAUUUGCGUACGCUUUGGACCCAUGACCAACUAAAAGACGUGGCGGUCCCAUUACUGGAAAAGUACCAUCCGGAAUUCCCGCCACUCGAUCGUCCCCAUCGAACCGACUUUCGUAAUGCAACCUGGAAUGACACCGAGUACGCUGAAGCCAUGCUUCGAAGACGCGAAGAUGCCGACAAAUGGGGGACAAACAUACUCUUUUCAACUCCAGAUUCGUGUUCAGAAUCAGUCAUCAUUUAUGACAUUGGCACAGGCGGACUGCCAUCGUUUCGCGAACUUGACCUGAAUCAUGAUACUGGUGCAGCCUUGCCCGCUGACAGUGGGACAAGAGAAGCUGGCUCCAUUGUGGCAUCAUACUUUGGCCUCGUGGACUUUACUUUACCAAUCGGACAGGUAACAUACUAUAGCCAGGCCACGUAUGAAGAGGUAUUCAUGCCCGUGUCGAUCAACAUGAUUGCGAAAAGAGGCUGCGACAAGGUCAUGUGGAAUUUUGUGCGGCGACUGGCGGAAAAGGGUAUUCUUAGAGCUGUCCAAACGGGCAAACAAGCAUUUCAAGAAUAG